UGAGUUGUUGACGACUGCAUAACGAUGCCUAUUUUUUCCCAUCGCAGUCAGCUGAAAGGGAUAAUUGCGUAAAUCAUCAUUCUCCUUUAACUGUACCCGAGGAGGCGCUAAGGACCUGCGUUUGGGACUCAUCCGACCCCUGAGCGUGCGGCGUCACGGACGAUGUGUCAUUCGACACACGGCGUGUGUAUCGAUGUCGCAAGCCCAGCGGUUCCUUGCCACGCAAUUUUUAAACCAGAGCAUGAUUUUCAAACAACUCCGAAUUAACGGAAAUACUGCGCCGUUAGACAACAUCGCCGAAUAAUUUCGUCAUUUUUUAAAUAUAAAUAAUUAUUGUUUGUAUCCGAGAUGUUGCUCGUCGCUGCCGCUUUGCCCGUGCUGGCCACGGUUUUCUCCGCUUGGCAGGUGAGCGCGGACGAGGACUGCCUGUGGUACGUGGAUAAGAACGGCACCUGGCACACCGGGUUUGACUGUCCCCUCAUCUCCUUCUGCUGCGGGACCUGCCACCGGCGCUACUGCUGCCUGGACCCCAUGAAGAUGAUCUCAGAGAGGCAGCAAAAGCGCUGCAUGUUCUUCCAGUUCAGCCCCACCACCAUCGCGGGCAUCGCCUCCUCCAUCCUGCUCUUUGUGGCCAUCGUGGCCACCAUAGUGUGCUGCUUCAUGUGCUCCUGCUGCUACCUGUACCAGCGCCGGGUUCGCGGGAGGUCCUCCUACCAAGCCCAGCACAUCCCCAUGGCCAGCUACCCGGUGGACCCCAUGUACGACGCUUACGGCAAACCCAUCGGGCCGCACCCCGGGUACCCCAUGGCGCCUCAGUACCACCCCGGCGUGCCCCAGGGCCCCUACCACCCGUACCCGCCGGUGGAUCCCAGAUACGGCCAGGGAGCACCUCCACCCUACUCCCCACCCCAGUACCCCGGCAUCUGAGGGAACUGCGACCCGCUGGAGGAGGAACGAGGGGUGAGGAGAGAGUUGGGGAGAGUGAGAAAGAGAGAGAGACUUUAUGAGGAAGAGGGCACUUUUCCCUCUUCCACCACCUGUUCUGUUGUUUUUCCCCGACGUCCGUUUGCUAAAUGACGUGCUAACCGACGCAGCUGCCUUCCCUGGAGCUGGAGCUUGGCUCCUGUCUUGCUGGACAGUAUUUUCCCGCUGACGGUGACGUCAGCAGUCCUCAGCUGUCAGCUGUUACCGUGACACCCUUUCCCCGGCGAGCGAAGGGCCUGUCCGCCUCGUCAACGCACGUUUCUCACACACACACGUCAGCCUGACUGCGCGCACACACACACACACGCACACACACACACUGGCCUUGGGGACAAGGAUAACCUGCUCUGGUUUUAUUAUCGUAUCCUUGUCUUUUUUCUUUUUUACUCUGCUCAUGCACAUCCUUGUUUUGGCUACACUGGCUGUGUCCCGUGCUCACACAGUUUAUUUUAACGCAGCUGGCAUUUGAUUGCAGGGGCGAGCUGAACCCACGUAACUACGGACACUUUUCACAGCGAAGCAGGCCUUUGGACAGCUCUGUUAUUUUACCGGCCAGCGAUUUAUUCAGCAACUCUUUUUUUGUCCUCCCUCCUUCCCUCCUCUCUCUCUUUCUCUCUCUCUCUCCCCCCCCUCUCUCUUGUUAAUUCUGUCUUCCAUCAUUGCAGCUAAUCUUAACAGUCGUUAAUAUCUGAAGCCAGAAAACGGCUUUGGUCUUUGGUCGUACAUAAAAGGCCGUAACCGAUAGAAUGACAGAAUGAUUUUGCAACUGGAGUGUACUGGAGUCUGUUAACAAGUCGGUAUUAAUUUUUACCAUGAAGUUACAUAUUGCGUUUAACACAAGUAAAUAUGAGUUUGACGUCUCGAUUUAGUGUGACUCUGUUUAAUGAUCCCGUGUGUAAUUAAGAAAUGAGACGUCAGUGAAACCUCAAUAGUAAUUCACCUUUCGCAUGUUAAAGGUGAGCAGGUGCUGCUUAAACCAUAGAUAUGCAUCCUGUUUAUGUUGGUAUUAGUUUGACAUUUGGAAUGAAGUCCAUUCAGGGGGUGCUUUACUAAUUUAAAGUGAUAAUAAUCACAUGAGAGGGUUGUUCAUGUCUACAGAGCUUUUCCUGCAUUGUUUCAUAGUCAUAUUUACAUUCUCAUUAGUGUAAUUCACUCAUCAGUAAUUCAGUUCUUAAUUUCAGACCUUCUUUCAAUAGGUGGUGCAUGACAGCGUUAAAGUUGUGUGUGUGUAUGUGAUGUGUGUGUGUGUGUGUGUGUGUGUAUGCGAGGUGUAUGUGUGUGUGUGUGUGUGUGUUUUUAUGUGUGAGUGUGUGUGUGUUUGCGUUUUUAUGUGUGAGUGUGUGUGUGUGUGUGUUUGUGUAUGCGAGGUGUAUGUGUGUGUGUGUGUUUUUAUGUGUGAGUGUGUGUGUGUGUGUGUUUGCGUUUUUAUGUGUGAGUGUGUGUGUGUUUGUGUUUUUAUGCGUGAGUGUGUGUGUGAUUCAAAAGCAUGACUGAACCAAUCAAUCUGCCACUGGUACACCCCCCCCCCCCACAGCCCUCUGACCUGGAUGGUUGUGUAAUUCUUCUUGAAUAUGAAACCAUGUUAAAUCUGCUUGUGUUGUGCAAGUCAAGACAUUGUAAUUGUCCAAUUAAAUCCAAAUACAUGAGCUCAUCUUUGAAGACUAAUGUGGCCCUGGUUUACAAGACUUACUCACAAGGACUUUUUAUUUAUUUAUAUAACUAAUUAAACUGUAAUGUUUGCUUUGACAUACAAUAGUCCUUGUCCCAUGGUAACUUGAACCAGAAUCAAUGGAUGCUUGCACCUACAGAUGCAUAUCACAUUAAUAAAGAACGGUGUGUCCAAUUUGAUUGUUUAUGUCUAAUAUUUGAUAGAUUUUAUGACAGUUCUAAGAAACCUGUUGUGUUUGGGUUUUUUUUAACAGUGACUAUCUGGAAUGUAGAAUGUGGUUUAUAGUCUCCAUGCCCAGGAACCUUCCUCAUGUUUGCUUAAUGACCAGUUUUGGUUUUAAUUCUGUAAACUUAACUGAAUAUCAGAGUAUGUGUCCCUUGGGGUUCUGGGAUCUGGUGCUUUACUCCCCAAAAAAUACAUUAUCUGCAGUCCCACUCUAGAAGACAAAAGUGUUGCAUGACAUAGCAUCCAUAUUCAUUCUUUUUAAAUAAAUAAAAUUAAUAAAUGUCCUGUU